AUGCUCCGUCACGAAGAAAUAUUUUCCAUCUGUAUAGAACGCACAAAGGCACCGAGCGGGCCUGGAAAACAGAAACUGCACAUACUUCUCACUCUCCAAGAAGUAAGAAUGGGGCAUCCGAAGCUGAAGUGGACGUCGGAGGAAGAGGAAGCCAUAAAGGCAGCAGUGGCGAAGUUCGGCACUGGCCAAUGGAAGAACAUUCUUAAGGACCCGGAGUUCGCGCCACGUCUCGCUAAUCGUUCCAACGUUCAGCUCAAGGACAAAUGGCGGAGCAUGCGUAUUAGAUCUACAGUAAACAAAAUUACACCUGGUGCUGCCUCCACUGCCAAAGCUCAAAAUGCUGCUGCUGCUUCUUUAAUUCCUGUGGGUUAUGCUGUUGAUGAUCCCUCUAAAAGAUCACAGGAUGUUGAAAAUGCUACAAUGUACAAGAAAAUGAUUUUUGAAGCAAUUUCAUCCAUCAAGGACCCCAAUGGAUCCAACAGUGGUGCUAUUUUGGGCUUCAUUGAGGGGAAGUAUAAGGUGCCCCAGAAUUUUAGAAAGUUAUUGGUUUCAAUUCUGAGGAGACUUGUUUUGCAAGGAAAACUUGAUAAGGUUCAGGACCGCUACAAAAUUAAGGAUGCUGCUUUGGGCACUAAAACACCUAUGCCGAAACAAAGAGAAGUCCGACCAAGUCCAUCACAGAAUUCGCCAUCAAUCAUCUCUGAAAAAAUCAAAGAUGCAGCUGCAAUAGCUGCCCGCAAGAUUGCCGAGGCACAAAAUAAAUCCCUUGUGGCAGCUGAAGCAGUUAGAGAGGCUGAAAGGCUCACAGAAAUGGCUGAAGAUGCAAAUACAUUUCUAUUGUACUUUAAAGAGAUUCUUGAACAAUGUUCACAGGGCGAAACUUUUAUCUUUCCUUAG